AAAGCAAGACAAAAAGAAAGAGGGAGAGAAAGAGAGCGAGAAAGAGAGAAAGAGAGAGAGGGAGUGAGCGAGUGUGCGUGAAUGAAGGGUUGGGAGGGGAGAGUGUCACGAGCGCGCGCGCGGAGAUAGCCAGAGGAGCGCACGGAACAGCGAGCGAGUUUAUUUUUAGUGGUAGAAGGUGAAGAAGGCGGGCGAAGAGCACCGCGCGGAGUGGUAUUAAGCGGCAGCACAGUGGCCCGAUGAAGCGGCGUAUGUGACAUCGGGUUUUCCUCUCUCUUGCCACCGUCGAGGAAGAAGAGACACCUCGCAGACAUCUUGCUGCCACCGUCCACGCCGUUGGUCCUCCAUUCACUUGGAGGCCAGUGGAGCAGAGACGCCAGAGAAUAAUACGAGCUGUGGUAGCCUUGCGGAAGCGCAAUAGUAGUUGGCUUCGGCCAACGGAGACGACAGGGAUAUCAUGGCAACGAUAGACGGCCGGCCGGCCCAAUAUGGUGUCACGCUUAAGCAACUCCGCGAGCUUAUGGAGCUCCGGGGUCGCGAAGGUGUCAACAAGAUCAAUGGCUACGGUGGUGUGCAGGAGAUUUGUAAAAAACUGUAUACUUCACCCAAUGAAGGUCUUAGUGGAUCAGCAGCGGACAUACAACAUAGGCGAGAUACAUUUGGUUCCAAUAUGAUACCUCCAAAGCCACCAAAAACAUUUUUACAGUUAGUAUGGGAAGCAUUGCAAGAUGUCACGUUAAUCAUCUUAGAAGUAGCAGCAUUGGUUUCAUUAGGUCUUAGCUUUUAUCAGCCUGCUGAUGAUGAGGAAAAAGAAGCUGUGAGUGUAGAUGAGGACGAAGCGAAAUAUGGUUGGAUUGAAGGACUCGCUAUAUUGAUUUCUGUAAUUGUGGUGGUCUUAGUGACGGCGUUUAAUGACUAUUCCAAGGAGAGACAGUUUAGAGGUCUUCAAAGUCGGAUAGAGGGAGAACAUAAAUUCUCGGUUAUACGGCAAGGAGAAGUGAAACAAAUCUCCGUAUCUGACAUUGUUGUGGGUGACAUUUGUCAGAUAAAAUAUGGAGACCUGUUGCCUGCAGACGGUAUUCUUAUACAAAGCAACGAUCUCAAAGUGGAUGAAUCCAGUCUGACUGGAGAGUCAGAUCAUGUAAAGAAAGGGGAAGCGUUCGAUCCAAUGGUACUUUCAGGUACGCACGUGAUGGAGGGUUCCGGAAAAAUGUUAGUUACUGCAGUAGGUGUUAACUCCCAAGCGGGUAUUAUCUUUACCUUAUUGGGUGCUGCUGUUGAUCAACAGGAACAAGAAAUCAAGAAAAUGAAGAAAGGAGAGGAGUCAGUAGAGAUUACCGGGAACAGUCACGUGACGGGAAGCGGCGGCGGUGGAGGUGGCGGCGGUGGCGGUGGCGGUGGCGGCGGUGUCAAGCACGAGGGUGGCGAGAAUCAUCACGCGGCCGCACCCGCGAGCGCUGGAGAGAGCGGGAAGAAAGAAAAGAGUGUUCUGCAAGCCAAGCUAACUAAACUCGCCAUACAGAUCGGUUAUGCCGGCUCGACCAUCGCGGUGCUCACAGUCGUCAUUCUAGUCAUACAGUUCUGCGUGACGACCUUCGUCAUAGAGGGCAAACCGUGGCGAAACACGUACGCCGGUGAUCUGGUGCGGCAUUUGAUCAUCGGUGUUACGGUGCUCGUAGUCGCCGUACCCGAGGGUCUUCCUCUAGCCGUCACCUUGUCACUCGCUUAUUCCGUCAAGAAAAUGAUGAAGGACAACAAUCUGGUGCGUCACUUGGAUGCCUGCGAGACGAUGGGUAACGCCACCGCCAUUUGCUCGGACAAGACCGGCACCCUGACCACGAACCGCAUGACCGUGGUACAGUCGUAUAUAUGCGAGAAGAUGUGCAAGACAACGCCGAAUUUCUCGGACAUACCGAGCCACAUCGGCGAGUUGAUCUUGCAGGCCAUCUCCAUCAAUUCGGCGUACACGUCGCGGAUAAUGGAGUCGCCGGAUCCUACUGAAUUGCCGUUACAGGUUGGCAACAAAACCGAAUGUGCCUUACUUGGAUUCGUAUUAGCCCUGGGCAAGAAAUAUCAAACGGUGCGGGACGACUAUCCUGAGGAAACCUUUACGCGGGUGUAUACGUUUAAUAGCGUAAGAAAGAGCAUGUCUACCGUUAUCCCUAGAAAGGGUGGUGGAUUUCGGCUCUUCACUAAGGGCGCUUCCGAGAUCAUCAUGAAGAAAUGUGCCUUUAUAUAUGGUCGCGAGGGUCAUCUGGAGACGUUUACCAGAGAUAUGCAAGAGCGUCUAGUAAAGAACGUGAUCGAACCCAUGGCAUGUGACGGGCUGCGUACCAUCUCCAUCGCUUAUCGCGAUUUUGUUCCUGGCAAGGCGGAGAUCAAUCAAGUUCACAUCGACAACGAGCCCAAUUGGGAUGACGAGGAUAAUCUAGUGAACAACCUCACCUGCUUGUGCAUCGUCGGUAUCGAGGAUCCGGUACGUCCCGAGGUACCGGAUGCGAUCAAAAAAUGUCAAAAGGCCGGCAUUACUGUGCGCAUGGUUACGGGUGACAAUAUAAACACCGCGCGAUCCAUUGCGCUCAAGUGUGGUAUCCUGAAACCGAACGAAGACUUCCUCAUUCUGGAGGGCAAGGAGUUCAAUCGCAGGAUCAGAGACAGCAAUGGCGAGGUGCAGCAACAUUUGCUGGACAAAGUGUGGCCAAAACUGCGAGUAUUGGCCAGAUCGUCUCCCACCGACAAGUACACCUUGGUGAAAGGCAUCAUUGACAGCAAAGCAAGCGAGAGUCGCGAGGUCGUAGCGGUAACCGGCGAUGGCACGAACGACGGUCCGGCUUUAAAGAAGGCCGAUGUCGGUUUUGCCAUGGGUAUCGCCGGCACGGACGUCGCCAAGGAAGCGUCCGACAUCAUACUGACAGACGAUAACUUCUCGUCGAUCGUGAAGGCGGUUAUGUGGGGCAGAAACGUCUACGAUAGCAUCGCUAAGUUUCUGCAGUUCCAACUGACCGUCAAUGUGGUCGCCGUGAUCGUCGCUUUCAUCGGUGCUUGUGCCGUACAGGACUCGCCGCUUAAGGCGGUGCAAAUGUUGUGGGUAAACCUAAUCAUGGACACAUUAGCGUCCCUCGCCUUGGCCACCGAAUUGCCUACGCCCGAUCUACUCCUCCGUAGACCGUACGGUCGCACAAAACCACUCAUUUCCAGGACAAUGAUGAAAAAUAUUCUCGGUCAGGCCUUUUAUCAGUUGGGUGUAAUUUUCACGCUUCUUUUCGCCGGUGAUCUGAUGCUCGACAUCGAAACGGGCCGCGGAGUGGCGGCGGCAGGCGGCGGGCCCACACAACACUUCACCGUCAUCUUCAACACGUUCGUCAUGAUGACUCUCUUCAACGAAUUCAACGCUAGGAAAAUUCAUGGUCAACGCAAUGUCUUCCAGGGAAUAUUCACCAACCCCAUCUUCUAUACGAUUUGGAUCUGCACGUGUUUCGCGCAAGUGUUUAUCAUACAAUACGGUAAAAUGGCAUUCAGCACCAGAGCGCUCACGUUAGACCAGUGGUUGUGGUGCCUGUUCUUCGGAAUCGGUACGCUAAUAUGGGGCCAAAUAGUUACGACUAUUCCUACACGCCGAAUUCCCAAAAUUCUUUCAUGGGGCCGCGGCCAGCCGGAUGAUAUCGGUGCGAUCAAUCUAGGAGAUGAGAAAUUCGACCCCGACUCGGAUAAAAAGCCGCGCGCAGGACAAAUUCUAUGGAUCCGUGGUCUAACACGGCUACAAACACAGACGAGCAAUAGAACUCUGGUGCAGAAUGUAUCUGUGACAGGCAGAUCCCCUUCUCAGGAUUACUACAUGCUUCGAGUAAUCAGAGCGUUCAAGUCGACUCUGGAAGAUCUGGAGGAGCGUCGCUCUGUCCAUAGUUUACACAGCUUACACAGUAUGCGCAGUUCACGCAGCCACACCGGGCCCCGACCACUCUCUGACUUCACAUACAUUGACGAAGACCCGACAAACACCACCACCACCGCGCAGAACGCCGCCUACAACAAGUCCUCUAAUAGGAGUGCCGAGCCGAUGAUGAGUCAGGAUUAUGAGACAAACUACAGAGGAUCCUCCAGGAUGCAACAGUCCCUCAACAGCCCCGCCUCACCGUUGUUGCUGAGCGUGACUGGGCCGGCCAACGCGUACAAUCAUCAUUACACCAUCACCGACAAUAGAUCCCCCUCUAGUAACGUCCCUAAUCAACCCUUGAGUCCCAACCACAUGGCGCCGAUGAGCAGCAAUAGAGACAACACUGGGAAUUCCCUGCUUCUGAAUUCCAAUAACUUGGUCCUACCGGAACUGACCAAGCUCGUGCACGAGACCAGCAUCUAAAGAUUUAGACUUUCUCUCUCUAUGUAUUGUCUCAUUCCACAGCCUCCUUCCAUCCUUCUCCAUAUUCUUUGUUCACUGUCUAUUUGCGACUUAGAGCUUCAACUUCAUUCCUCUUACCGUUUUUUGCUGUCUGUCUAUUCUUUAAUUUGAUAUCCCUUAUUUCAUUUCCUUCGCCUGUCAUUCUUCUCUUCCUCUACUAUGUAGAGGGACUUGUACAUAUUCUAUCCCUGCAAUCUCUCGCCCUCAUAUACAUCGUGAGAUUUCGCUCGAUCCUGCGACCUCGUUCUCAUUCGAUCGAUAGAGCGAGGGUAUCCACGUAAAUGAUAUGGACUCACUCUCGUUUCACGCGUUCCCUCUAUUCUUCUCUACUUUCAAGAUACGUCAUCAUUCAUCUCUAUUUCUACCAUCUCUCUUUUCGAGAGCGUACUUACCGAACGAUUUUGCUCGUUUCGGUCGCCGAGUCCUCUGUCCCCCUUGAUUCUUUCUCUCUUCCGUCGCCCUUCUUUGCCUCUCCGAUAAAAAAAAUUUUUACCACUCGCUCAAUGGGGACGGCGGACCUGAUCUGAUCUCAAAGGGGUCGAAACGCGCCAAUUUGGAGGAUAAUGCCUACACACACGAACAAAGCGCGGCAUUCGCAAAUCACGUACUCUCGCUAAAAUCGAGAAUGCUGUAUUAAGUACUUAAAGCGGACGAGACUGCGGUUGGUGAGAAAGCAAGGAAGAAAUGGUUGCCAAAAUGGAGAGAGAUUUUGCUCCGCGAAUAUCGCGACAGUUUGCGAAUGGCACGUUUUCGUGCAUAGGCUGUACACUAUAUCAGAUAAUUUACAGGGGUCUCGCUUUCUACUGCUUUUUUUCCCGUACCCCGACUCUGUGUUCAUUGGUGAAAGUACUAUUUUCGCAUUUUAGGAUAACGUUCUAGAGUUCCAUCGUUCAUUGAAUGACAAUGAUACGGACUGCGACGCGAUUAUCUGCUGUAAAAAAAAUAACAAAAUAUAAUUUCGAUGUAUCAUUUUUGCCGCGUAAUUUGCGAAAUACUUCCAAACAUUCCCGA